AUGGCGUCCAACGAAGCUUUACCAUCUCAGAUGAGAGCGGCCUACAUCGCAGAGUAUAACAAACCGUAUGCCUUGGGAGAGCGUCCAUUACCCUCCAUCGGAGACACAGCCAUUCUCGUGCGGGUUCAUGCCGCUGGAUUCUGCCACUCAGACCUGCAGGCUCUACAGGGAGAGUUCGAGAACCCAGCGCCAAUUGGCCUGAUCCCAUCUCAUGAGAUAGCCGGCGUUGUGGCGAAACUUGGAAACAAGUAUGAGGGAGACCUCAAAGUGAACGAUCGUGUUGGCGUCCUCAACUUCAAGCAUGCCUGCGGCUCAUGUGUAGGAUGUCGCUUGACACAAAGAAGAGGCGAGGACCUUGAUCCCAGGUUCUGCGAUAACCGGGAAACAGCUGGCUUCUUGCACGAUGGAGGGUUUGCGGAGUACGCGUCUGCGGAUCCGGAGACGACCGUGAAGCUGCCGGAUUCGAUCUCGUUUGAGCAAGCUGCGCCGCUCACUUGUGCGGGAGCAACAGUAUGGGGAAGUCUUGAGGGCGCGACGACGGGCUUGGCAAAAGGAGAGACGGUAGCGAUCGUGGGUAUCGGUGGACUUGGACAUCUUGGUGUGCAGUUCGCAAAGGCGCUCGGGUUCAAGGUCAUCGCGGUGGAUAGCAGAGAAGCUGGUCGACAGUUAGCAUCCGACGUGGAGAACCCAGCGCUAAAGCCUGACCUUGUUGUCGACUCUUCCGACACCACAGCUGCAUCAAAAGCGAUCUAUGAGUUCACAAACGGUGAAGGUGUCGCUGCCGCUGGUGUAUGCACACCGUCGUUGGAAGCGAAUCGGUGGGCGCUCAACAUUCUCAGGAUCAAGGGGACUUUGGGGAUACUAGGCCUUCCUCAGAGUUCGUGGCAGUUUGACGCGGCGCCUAUUGUGUUUCGGGAGUUGACGAUAAAGGGGAGUUACGUGGCGGGGAGAGCGGCGACGGAGAGGAUGAUGAAGGUCGUGGAGGAGGCGGGCGUGAGGUCGCAUUUGACUGUGUUACCGUUCGAGCAGAUUCCGGGCAUUGUUGAGAUUUAUGAGGAUGCGACGUUCAAGGGACGGAUUGUUGUACAGAUAUGA